AUGUCUUCCUCUCAAUCUGCGCCACAAGAACUGUCCGACAUGAGGAAUUCUCAGUCUCUCGAGACCAAUCAACCCAAGUCUCAGCAAUCAAUGGAUCCCCAGAAGGCCCCCGAGACAGCAGAUCCUCAAAUGGAACUCCGUGGAGGAGGUGCUUGUGAUGGCAGACUCUGUGGCAUCAUUCCAUGCCCGAUCCCCAUCAACUGCUGGAUCAUUCCUUGUCCUUGUUAG